AUGGACGAGGCCAAUUUGCGCCGCAAGGACACCACCAAGGGUCCUCCAUUACGGAUCCUGUCUCUCGAUGGAGGCGGUGUUCGCGGCUACUCCAUGCUCAUCAUCCUCCAGGAACUCAUGUACCGUACAUACGUCGAAUGCGAAGGAAAGCCGCCGCGUCGCGACCAAAUCCCCAAACCAUGCGACCAUUUCGAUCUGAUCGCAGGGACCGGCACGGGUGGCCUAAUCGCUCUGAUGCUGGGACGUCUCCGGCUCGACCUGGAAACAUGCAAAGAAGUCUACGUUCGCAUGACCCGGAAAGUGUUCGAAACAGACAAGACCAUUGCCGGUAUUCCCUAUCGGUCUACCCUGUUCAAGGCUUCCAAACUGGAAGAGGCGAUCCGGGAAUGUGUGCGGGAACAUACGAUUUACGAGGGAGAAGGAAAUGACCAGCCAAACCCCUCGGCGGAUCCUCGAUCAUCCAUUGCAAGUCUCCCGUACAUCCCUAAUUCGGUACCUCAGCGAUCGAUGAGCCGGGGAAGCUUCAGCACUUCGGCUGCGUCACACCCACAAUCCCCCGCAAGUCAAAGAGGCUCCACUUUUCUCAACGGACUGCGCUGGGGAAACCCCGAUGCGCUACUUUAUGAUAACCGAGAAAAUCGGACUAAGACCGCCGUUACUGCGCUCUACAAGGGUACCCCGAAGAACGGAUCGGCCGUGCUACUGCGAUCGUACGACUCUCGCCGCGAACCCCCGCCGGAAUUUGACUGCACUAUCUGGCAAGCCGGUCGUGCCACUUCGGCUACCGGACUUGCAUUCAAGCCGAUUCGGAUCGGGCAGAGCAACUUCAUCGAUGAAGGCCCGGGAACAUACAACCCGGCACCGCAGGUUCUCGACGAAGCCGUCGUUAAUGAGUGGCCUGGUCGAGACGUUGGUGUGUUUGUUAGUAUUGGAACUGGUCGUCGCCCAUCCGGUACCAACAAUCGCUCUCAUGAGUGGUGGGAGGAUUUCGUCGGAGAUGCGCUGGGCACGUUCGCCGAGGCGCGGCGGCGUCUCAUCUCGAAGAUCGAGGGCUGUGAAGACAUUCAUCAGCACAUGUUGAUGGAAAAUCUCAGCCGGCGCAAUGUUCCGGUAGACAACUACUACCGUCUCAACGUCGAGGUUGGAGUAGGGGAGUUCGGCAUGAACGAAUGGAACCGGUUGGCGGAUAUCAGUACCAACACGCGACGCUAUCUGGCGAAGCCCGAGGUAAAGAAGAUGAUUUUGGAUGCCGGAGUCAAGUUCGCCAAGAUUGACCGCAUGAACAAGCGCCUGGCUGCCCACGCGGCUGCUGGGGGCGACCGAGAUGACCUGUCCUUCGAUCUCCAGCAGGAGGAACUCAGCGUCUCUCAACGUACGUCCGCAUUUCCUGUACGGCCGCCUUCCAACCCCACCGCUAUUGAACUCCCCGCCGAGCUCCCCGCCGAGUCCGUUGAGUAUUUCCAGCAUGCACAAGCGUCACAACCCGUCCCAGCCGGAGUGACUGUAACUGCACCACCCGGAGACGAUUCACUACCAUCUCAUCCAACGCCUCAGGACAGUCUCCCCGUGUCCCCGACAAGACGUUCCAGUGGCGAUAUCAGCAGUUUCCGCCCCAGCCGUGAAUAUAUUCGGCCGUCUUCGCAGCAGUAUGCUUCUCCCCGGCACAGUGGUGAUCAAGUCUCAACUCACAACGGCAUGCCUCCGCCCGUGCCUCCCAAGACACCGAUCCCGUACCCCGCCCAAGAAUACUCGUCGGGGGUAUCCAUGCCGGCGCCACUGUUCACUCAGCCACCGGUCCCAUCUAGUGGCAAGGCCCGGCCGCCGUACCCAGUGGACGAGCCCCCGCCGACCGUAAAUCGGCAACGGAAACCGAGCUACCACGUACGGUGA